AUGAUGAUGCGAAAGAACAUCGAGCUUCAGCUGCAAGCUCUUCAAAUGAUCGAGUUUAUGUGCGGACUGAUCCCGAGUGUUCUCCAGCUGGAGGAAGGAGAAACUCUCCGUCACAUGAAGAAGCUGACGCCGGAAGAAACCGAACGAUAUGUUCUGAUUUCGGUGCUUCGGCACAGUAAAGACGAAUACGAUGCGAUGCAAAAAGGAAGCGACGAACUAGAGCAAGUUGCUCGAGACAGUCGUGCUCAAAGGGAGCAGUUGGAGCAGGACAUCCGCCGAGAGGAAUUUCUUCUCCAGAAGGCUUUGAACGAAGGUGCGAAGAAAAGACAAGGUGCUUCUACCCAAACCAAUGCUCCUCUGUCUGUUGCCGCAAUGAUGGCUUCUCACUUCACAAUCGACAAUGGCACCAGCACUGAUGACAUCAGUUUUGAUCUUGUGGAGAAGCCAAAGCAAGCCACUUCAAGCACUUCCGGAACGAUGACGUCUCCGGAAGCCCGACUGAAAUCUGCAAAGCGGUCGGGCUCUGCUGCUAGAAGGAUCAUUAAGAAUAAUCAAACGAUCGAAACUGGCACAGAACCGGAUGUUUAGAAAUGUCAGAUGUUGCUGUAGGAGGAAGUCAGCAGAAAGAAAAACGUCCGGGAACUGCGAAAGGGCCAAACCAACGAAAGUUCUCGAAAGCAGGCCUUGAAGAUUUAGUUGGAGUCCAGAAUGUGGAACAGCAGAAGAAUGAGCCUUUAAAAGACGUCGAAAAUGUGGACAAGGCGGAUGCUUUAGCGGCAGCUAAUGCCACGAUUGGCAAAGAGCCAAAGGAAGGUCCGUCAACUCGAAAGAAUAAUCGCAAUGAACUCUCUGGUGCAACAGACGGUGUUGCUCAAACUUCUUCUGAUGCAGGUGUGCAAAAGGAGAAAGAGAAGAAGGAAGCCAGCCGUCCUUCAACUCGUAAAUCUAUCCGAAAUGCGGCAUCUGGCACCGUUGACGGUUCUUCGGGAUCUCGCCCAGUCUCUCGUAAGGAUACAACAUCGCAUGAGCCGCGCGCAAAGACUCCGGCUUCAAAAAGCAGUGACGAUCGUCCGACUACAAGACGGUCUUCUGUUGACAAAUUGGCUCCGAAGCGCAAUGAUAGUGUCCCGCGCGAGCGCAGCUUCUCAGUGUCGAAGAAGGACAAGGAUGACUCUAAUAAGAAGCCUCCGAAGUCUAUAGGACCUCUUCGAAGCAACAACUACGACGGAGAGGUGCCUAUGGGAAGACCAGGCUCGCCAGGAAUGGAUCACGGACCGAGGAGAAAGAAUUUGAACGACGUGAAUGUAAGAAAACAAUCUUGAAAACCUUAACGAAACCACACAAUUUCAGUCUCAUCUAGUAGAUCCUUCUCGUCUGAAUAGCUCGGAUGUUCGCUCCCGUGCCCAAUAUCUUCGCGAGCAGCGUGACAAGCUUCUCCAGUUAAAGAACGAGGAAAGAAUCAAGCAGAUGAAUGUGGGGACAAAAUCAUAGAAAAAGGACUGAUUUCUAUUUUUCAGGAUAUUCAACGAACCACUGUUGAAAGACCGCGAACUUCCCGCGCGGCUCGUGGAUUUCUCGACAAGAAAGAGGCGGAAGAGAUUAGAAAAGAGAUCAAUGAUAAGUUGAAGACCGAAAUUCUGACUUUGAACUGA